AUGUAGUGUUGGAGAUCAGUUUUAAAUAAAGUUUAAUCUCCUUCCUUGAACAGGCUUAAUGACUGCAGUGCCAAGUCUUAAUUAUAAACUAUGUCCAUCCCAUCUGCAGAUCCACAUAAUAAUUUGAGUUUAGUAUAAGAAAGUAAUAUAUUUACUUUGAUGACUUUUUUUAUUUAUUAUAAUAAGUAAUAUAUGAAGAGUGGAUUAAUACUGAUAUUUUCUUUAAUCUUAAUUUAAAUGACUUAAUAGGAUAGCUUCAGAUAUUUAAAGAAAUCAAAUUCAUUAUUAAAGAAAAAUCACUAGAAUGUGUUAUCAUAUUAAGCAGGAGCAUUGAUUUCGUCUAGAUAAAAUAAUUUCUUUAACAACGGGAAUAAUGGGGUUUGUUUAAGAGAUAAUCUAUAUAACUUUAUGACAGGCAGAGUACCUUAUACUGGUUGUGGAUUAGGGAAAUAAGUUUCCAUAUCCCUACUCUAAAAAUAUUUAUUGAAUACAUUAAAAAUUUGGUUUUGGGAUUAUGGUUAUAACGAAGGGGACAGAUAUUAUUAUAUAAAAGUUUAUGCCAUUUUGGAUCAAAAAAAAACUGAUAUUUAUGAUAGCAAUUCAUAAAACCCAGCAAUAAGUCAAAUGACUAUUUAAUUUAAAGAAUAGCAUGUCGAUAAAUUUUAAAUAUUAAAUUUAGGAGGUAAUACUUACAAUGCAGGCUUACACAUCAUCAAAGUUGAAGCUUAUUAUAAAUUUUAAUGA